GUACUAUUUAAAUAAAUUUAGGAUUUAUAUAGUACUUAGUAUUAUUCUAUUCUUAGUUGAGUUUGUUUCAUUAUUUUCAAGAAAUUGUUUGUUUCAUUCAAUUUUCAAAAAUAUUUAAAAUAUUAAUAUUCAUCAUGGAGAAUUUUGGAAUAUUUUUAAUUUUUAUUCUUCUCACUGCCAGCUUGAAAACAAUAAUGAUAGAAGGGGAACAAAACAAUAUUAAUGGGUCAAAUAAUAAUACGACAGAAAAUUAUGAAGAAAUUCUAAAAACAGCACAACUAAUAGAAAAUGGAAAUCCUCCCAGUGAAUUAAAAUCAAACAAAACUUCGCAUACUAUGAAUUUCGGUAGUCACAGUAACAGUAACCUCACAGUAACAACUAUAAACUACUCAGUUGGAAAUGAUACGGAAGGCGCUGUUUAUACUGUCCGAACUGUCUAUCAUAAAUCAGUGAAGCGAGGUGCGUUAAUAUCAAUUUCUAAAUGGAAUUCCAAUGGGAAGAUAGAAACUCAUGAAUUUGAAGGAAAAUAAAACUGACAAUAUUUUUGUAAAUCAAUUCUUAGCAAUAAUAACUUAAUAUAUUCAAAAUUCACACUGCCAAGAGAAUGAAACAAAAUAUUUAGGUCAACACCUCAGGUAUAUGUGUGGCACGAACAAAGGUUACUUUAAAAUUUUUUAACAAAAAUUUACAGAAUUUUUUUUUUUUUUUUGUACGUUUAAAUUAAAAAUAUUAGGAACUUCGAUUUUUGUAAAAAA